UUUCGAUUUCGAGACCCAUCACAAAACCGCGCGGCGACAUGAUGUGGAACUACGGUAUGCUCGUGCCGGAAGUGACGGCACUGCAUCGUGCGGUGCGAGGGACGGACAAUCAGUUGGACUGCAUCACGUCCACCCUCUCCCCCUGCGACAUCCCCACGACCGUGCGGGCUCACGUCCAUGCGUCGACGACGACCUCCCCUCAGCACAACCAACCCAUCACGUGGCGGUCACCCGUCCUCGUCGACAUGCACACCCAACGCAAUCACAAAUUCAAACUCAAGCGACAGUUCCUCGAAAUGCACGGACAGGUCCUGUACCUGGGCAAACACCCGACGUCAAUGCAAGUGUUGCUGCACCUUGACGACGUCACUGCGGUUGAACCGUCAUGUCUGGAACCCCACAGUCUCCUCGUAGUCACAGCAAGUACGUAUAUCCUCGUUGCCCUCGCAGACGAACGCGAAUAUACCAGGUGGAAAGCGCUCUUGCGCCAUGCACGCCCCCUCGGCUACGACGGAACGUUGCAGAUCAAGGCGCAUGACGAUGUCCCGACGGUCGACACGACGCUGCGAACAGAUUGGAGUGUCGCCGAGUGCAUGGCACACGUGGGGCUGGAUGAGGACAAGUUUUGCAUUCACGUGAACGGCACAAGUCAGUACUGGACAGACCCGUCGGCUUGUUUGGAGGACUUUGCGCCGCCAGGGAAGUCGCUGCAGCUCACAGCAGUGUCGUAUCCCGCGCCACAAAUCUCCACGUCAUCGCGGUCAAUGUGCAAUGCGUUGAAUGUACGCUUCCACAAGAUCUGCCACGUCUUUCAACAUGUCGUCGACGUCAAGGGAGGCCAUCGACAUCUCACAGAGCGAUUGGACAGCACAGCAUGCGUGCUUCGGUUGGAAGUCGUGGAAGGAUCGCAUGUGCACUGCGCCGUGGACACUGCUCCGUUCCUCCUCAUGCCAGACAACAGUCGACACCUGGACAACGUAUGGUACACCCUUUGGAACGUUCCUGCUGCCUCGUUGACUUCGUCGUGGCGGCUCAUGUGCACUGUCUUUGCCGUGACGAAUCAGCCUGAAGAGGAUGGGCAAGGCAACGAUGAUGCCAGUACGACUUGGACCAAGUUGGCGACCACGGGCAUGCAGCUACGACACGUGGAUGGAGAUGUCGUCGAUGGCCAUACACAUCUCCAACUGCUGGACUCGACCGCCGACCUGCUGCAUGGGCCGCUCCCGCUGGGAGUCGUGCACGGAGCUCCAUUCGUUCACAUGGAAUUUCAGUGGCAAGACUUGGACUUUACCCGUCGACCAAGCCAGCAACUCGCAGCUCUGAGCGACUCUACAAUCAUGAAGCAAGGGUUGGUACAUGUGCUGCAAAGCAGUAGCGGCGGCGGCGGCGGCCGCCUGGGCAGUGGCAAGCUGUGGUCGCAUUGGGUGUCCAAGUGGUGCGUGUUAACGAGCCACGGCCACAUCGUUCUCCGUCCAGUGGACCAUACCGAUCCAGGCGCUGGCACGACGAAGCUCAUGUCGUUUUCGCUCACGGACGCUACCAGCUUCCACGUGACCGACAAGCUGAACGCCACGAGCCGCCGCUCGAGCAACGCCGGGUCGAAAUCUACGCAAAAGGUGCACACAACCCACGCCUUUACCAUCGACGUGGACGCGGCCACGACGCUCGUGCUGGGCGUGGCGACUCGAAAUGGCCGGGACGACUGGCUGCACACCCUUCGCGUGGCCACGUCAUCGGUGGCUGCCCGCAAGAGCAUCGACUGGAGCUUUCGAGGUACGAGCUUGAGCGACGACACGACCACGUCCGCCGACGACCACGUCUCGAGCAUCAUCACGAACCACCAUUGGCUGCAGUGGCUGCUGGAACGCAUGGCCCAGGACCCGUUGUUUGCGCUCAGUUCGUACCAGCGCUCGUUGCUGUGGCAGUUUCGCCAGUCGUUGCCCAAGACAUUUGCGUUGCUGCCUCGGUUGCUCACGUGUCGCGAGUGGAGGCAGCCAAUGUACCACGACGAACUGGUGAGUCUAUUGGACACGACGUUGCCGCCGGCGCACCCCACCGAGUACCUGAGCUUGCUCGGCCGUCCACUGGCGCAUUUGAGAAUCGUACGCGAGUUUGCUAUUGACAAGUUGGACUCUGCGCUCGACGAUGACAUGCUCGCGACGGUGCUGCCACAGCUCGUGCAAUGCAUGAAGUGGGAGCCAUAUGCUGCCAGUCGGUUGGUGUCGUGGGUGGUUCAUCGCGCGGUGGACGGCGCGCCCAUGUUGCUGGGGGUGCCGUUGUUUUGGGCGUUACACGUGGAAUCGUUUGUACCGCAUUAUACCCAGCGCUUUCAACUGCUGGUUCAAGCAUAUUUGAUGGCAGCAGGUCGAUCCAUGCGUCGGAUGCUUCACAACCAACUGGAUUUGUGCCAGCACCUUCACCGCAUUGCGCGCGACAUGCAGACGGCCGCGGCAACGUCGUCAUUGGACAGUCAAUUGCGGGCACGACUGUGUGCGUUGAACGUGUCGUUUGCUGGCCGGCUAUCGCUGCCCCUGCACUCCAAGUGCACGUUGGUCGAGUUUAUCUCGUCCGAGUGUCGAGUGCUCAAGUCGCCCAAACGGCCGCUGUGGCUAACACUCGAGACGGCCUCUCGCACCAAAGUGCGCGUGAUUUUCAAAGCCGGCGACGACGUUCGCCAAGACAUGGUGACGCUGCAGCUGUUUGGGCUCAUGCAGCAGCUGUGGCGUGAUGCGAAUAUCCCCGUGCAGCUGCAAUUGUACGAGUGUGUGGCCACGUCCCCGUCGAGCGGCGUGGUGGAAGUCGUCGGUGAUGCCAUCACGACGGCGGCGAUUCACAAGGAAGGCGGGGUCUUGGGUCCCAUGCAGGACAUGCGAUUUGCCAAAUGGCUCGAAACCCAAAACGCGUCGUCGCCCAAACAUUACAUGCAGGCGCUGGAUCUGUUUCGACGGUCUGCGGCGGGGUACUGCGUGGCCACGCACGUGCUGGGCAUUGGCGACCGGCACAACGACAACAUCAUGAUGACGCGACGAGGCCAGUACUUUCACAUUGACUUUGGGCACUUUCUUGGCCACUGCAAGUACCACAUGAACUUUAAGCGCGACCAAACGUCGUUUGUGUUUACAAAAGAGAUGGCAUUUGCCCUCGGCGGCACCGAGUCUCCGUUUUUCGCGACGUUUGUGGCAUUGUGUGGUCGGGCAUUGAACCAGCUUCGCCAGCACGUGCAUUUGAUUUCGACGUGGCUAACGCUCAUGGUGCCGGCCAACAUGCUCGAGCUGCAAGACGUGCACGAUAUUUAUUUCGUGGUGGAGGCCCUUGUCAUGGGUACUUACACAUCCGUAUGUAUGAGAUUUAGCUCAUUUGAUUGGAAUAUAUAUAGACUUGACGCCCACGGAAGCGGCGUUGGAUUUUGCCGGGAAAAUCCAAACCUGUCUUGGUGACCCGUACAAGCGCAUUGACAACACUAUCCAUAAUUUAGUGCACUUGCUGCGGCCGUAACGUCGUUAUUUUAUUAUACGUUCGUUGUUGUUUUAAGUUGGCGUGGUUUUGGCGUCAAUUCCGAGUCGACGGAACUGUAGUUUGGGG